GAAAAGGACACUACCGAUCCGAGAACUAGCCAGUGGGCGGGGGGAAGGCGCGUCACUUCCGCCCACGGGAGCUCACGGUCUUCCGGUCUUCCUGGUUGCGGGUUCGUGGCGGGCUCCGGACCCAUCUGGUAGCCUCAGUGCCCAGGAUGGCACGGGGCGAACGCAAGCGCCGGGCAGGACCCCCCGUGGAAGCCCCCGGGCCGCGAACUCCGGACAAGGCGGGCCGGGGUGCUGCGGGCAGGAGGCGAGAGGGUCGGGUGGGGGCGGGGCCGGGCGCGGGACCCCGGCGCGGGGCCGGGGGCGCGGGGCCGGGGUUCGCGGCGCUGGCCGCCCUGGGGCUGGCGCUGGCGCUGGCGCUGGGCCUGGGCUUGUCAUGGCGCGGGAUCCUAGCUUGGCAGCGGGCGAGGCGCGCCGUCACCCUGCACCCGGCGCCGCCCGUGCUGUCCCCCAACAGCUCCAGCGCCGCGGCCGCCCCGGACCUCUUCUGGGGCACCUACCGGCCGCACGUCUACUUCGGCAUGAAGACGCGCAGCCCGCGCGCGCCGGUCACCGGCCUGAUGUGGCUGCAGCAGGGGACUCCCCCGGGAAUGCCGGGCCAGCUACGGCACACUUGUGAGCAGGGCGACGGCGUGGGCCCCUACGGCUGGGAGAUGCACGACGGGCUCAGCUUUGGGCGGCAGCGGCUGCAUGACGGGCCCCUCUUGCUGACCACCGAGUUUGUGAAGAGACCGGGCGGCAGCCACGGCGGGGACUGGAGCUGGAGGAUCACGGCCGAGCUUCAGACCCUACAGGGCUCUGUGCCUCCUCUGCUCUCUUUGUUCUUCUACAUGGCCACUGAUGGGCAGGGGACGCUGAGGCCAGAGCCUGGGACAGGGGGGCAACUGAAUGGCAUUAAUGGCCACACUGAGGAGCUUGGUGACUUCCAACUCAUCCUUCUUCCUCCUACCAAUGCCAAAGGGACAGCCUUGAAACACGGCAGCUACAAUGUCCUCUGGAUGCCCAGCCCAGGGCUGCCUUUGUUGACGGAAGCUGUGAAGAACCGUCUAAAUCGAUGGUUCCAGCACCGGCCCCCUGGGAGUUCCCCAGAGCGGUACUUGGGCCUGCCUGGAGCCCCUCAGUGGGAAGGGGAAAGCCCCAAAUCGGGCCACAAAGUGCAAGGACAGGUUGUGGUCCAGCAGCUGACACUAAAGCCUCCCUUCCGAGUUGAGCUGGUUUUUGAAUCAGGAAGCGUGGGCUUGGAGGAAUCCCGUCCUGGAGGUCGUCUGGCUGGGCCAGUGCUGUCUCAGGCCCUGGAGACACAUGCCAUAGCCUUCACUGACCGAUUUGAGGAGAUCUUCAGGCUGGGAGCUCGAGGCCUGAGUUCAGGAGAGCAGGCACUCGGUAGAGCAGCCCUGAGUGAGCUCUUGGGGGGCAUUGGCUAUUUCUAUGGACAGGGCUUGGUGUUACCAGAUCCUGGGAGUGAAGGGCCUGAGGAGGAGCCAGCCCCAGCCCCAUCCCUUUUCCCUCCAGCCCCACUCUUCACAGCUGUCCCCUCAAGAUCCUUCUUCCCUCGUGGCUUUCUGUGGGAUGAAGGUUUCCACCAGCUUGUGGUCCAUCGAUGGGAGCCACGUUUGACUCGGGAGGCCCUGGGCCACUGGCUUGGGCUUCUUAAUGCUGAUGGCUGGAUUGGGCGGGAGCAGGUGCUGGGAGAUGAGGCCAGGGCCCGCGUGCCCCCACCUUUCCUAGUGCAGAGGGCAGCCCAUGCUAACCCCCCGUCCCUCUUGUUUCCUGUGAUGCGCAUGCUGGACAGUGGAAACACUGCUGACUUGGACUUCUUGCGUACAGCUUUCCCUCGCCUCCAGGCCUGGUUCUCUUGGCUCCAACACAGCCAGGCAGGCCCUCUCCCUCUGUCCUUCCGCUGGCGAGGACGGGACCAGACAACUGCUGGUCUGCUGAACCCUAAAACGUUGCCCUCGGGCCUGGAUGACUACCCACGAGCCUCACACCCAUCGCCAGAGGAGCGGCAUUUGGACCUACGCUGUUGGGUAGCUCUUGGUGCCAGCGUGCUGGCCCAGGUGGCACAGAAGCUUGGUGAGAGCGAGGCAGAGACUGAGUUGGCUGAGCUUGAAGCCAGGCUGAGGGAUGAGAAUGGUCUGGACUCAAUGCACUGGGCUGCUGAGUUGGGAGCCUUUGCUGAUUUUGGGAAUCAUACAGCAGCUGUUCGCCUUGCCAGGGGUCCGCAGGGGAUGGUGCGUGUGGUGGGGCGUCCUCCUCCCCGCUUACAGUAUGUUGAUGCCCUGGGCUAUGUCAGCAUCUUCCCACUGCUUCUUAGGCUGUUGAGCCCUAACUCUGCACGCCUGGGACCUCUGCUGGACCUGCUGGCAGACAGCCGACACCUAUGGAGUCCUUUUGGUUUGCGGUCAUUGUCCGCCUCCAGCCCUCUCUACGGACAGCGCAACACAGAGCAUGACCCCCCGUAUUGGAGAGGGGCCAUCUGGUUCAACAUCAACUACCUGGCACUGGGUGCCCUGGAUCACUACGGGCGCCUGGAGGGCCCCCACCAAGCCCAGGCUUCUCAACUCCAUGCCCAACUUCGAACCAACCUUGUGGGCAACGUGUGGCGCCAGUACCGGGACACAGGCUUUUUAUGGGAACAGUACAGUGAUCAAGAUGGCCGUGGAAUGGGCUGCCGGCCCUUCCACGGCUGGACCAGUCUUGUGCUCCUUGCUAUGGCAGAGGACUACUGAUACCCUCCAAAGAGCCCUUUCCAUGUCAACUCAGGACCAACUCCCUGGGGCCAGCUUUCCCCAAAUCACAACCACCCAUCCAGGCCUGCUAGGAACAGAUGAUUCCCCACUCCCUUGGCUCCUCUUUGCUGCUGGGGUCGAGAGCCUCAUGCGUGGUACGGGGAGGGAGGGGUGGGGGCAGGCCCCGAGUGGGGGCUCCGGAGCUCCUGGUCCCAUGCCUGGCAUGCUUCAUCUCAGGUGUUGCCCCACCCCUCUCCAGUAGUCUUGGUAGCAGGGGCUGGUGAAGUCAAGAGUUUAUUUUUCUAAAAUAAAAGUUGCCUACCCGUG